UCUACAUACAGGUGUUAUCAGUUGGUUUAAGUUAAAUGGAAACGAAAGUUGGUAUAACGGAAAUACACAUUUCAUAUAAAAUCUUAUAACAGGCUGAAAGGAUGGCAGAUAUUAUAAUACCAAACAUAUCACAAGCUCUUUACCGCCAUUUAUGUCAAAAUAUCGUAGGAACGGAAAAGCAUGUUAAAACAAUCAGAUUAAUGAACAUGGUGAGAGACAAUUUGUCGAAUAACAAGAAGGAAACAGUAAUAACAAGUGGAAGCAUUGGAGAAGGACUUGACAUGCGAGGAAGUGAUUUUGAUAUUAUGUUUGUGAGCAAAUUCGUUGAGGUUAUUGAAAAUGUACAACCUGACUUUGAUAUACGUAGACCUUAUUUGUCCAUGGAUACAGACGAUGUAAAGCCUUGUUAUACUUUAUUAAGACUAGACUAUAGCAGAGAUUCGUUUCGUCUUUUUCAAUUAUGUGAAGAACAUUAUGGUAAACGUUAUUUUUCUAGUGCAUUAUGUAAGGGAAAUAUGUUAUUGGUAUUGAAAGAAGGCAACCAAAUUCAUGGACCGUGUAUAUCUGACAGAAAUGGAUUUUUUGAUCAUGCCUUUUCUUUACAUGGUAAAAUGUGGAUAUCUUCUGCUGUAAAUUGGAUAACAAGAUCAGGUAGCUCAUGGCCGAGUCAUAACGUCAUACAAAGUAUUAUAAAACACGGAGUACUUUUUGUACCGGUCGGAGUUCACGGAUCACCGAAAGAAGAUCUAGAAUGGCGAGUAUCUUUUUCAGUAGCUGAAAAACUUCUAAUUAAUACAUUUACUCACACCCAAUUAAUGUGCUAUGCUCUCUUGAAAAUAAUUUUGAAAGAUGUUAUAUCAAAUGAUUCUGAAUGUAAAGAUUUACUCUGUUCAUAUUUCCUUAAAACAAUUAUGUUCUGGAUAUCUGAAGAACUACCAUCAUCUGUAUGGAAACCUGAUAAUCUUAUAACUUGUUUUAUGCGAUGUUUCAGCAGGUUAGUCUAUUGUGUUGAGCAUUCGGUUUGUUCACAUUACUUCAUUCCAGAAAACAACAUGUUCGAGAACAAAAUAGACGGUCGUGCUCGUGAUGUACUUUUAAAAAAAUUAAACACGUUACACAGCUAUGGUUGGCGAUGCAUUUUAUUUUCAGAUCAAAUAUCUAACUUUACUGUAUCGAUAAGGAAUAUUCCAAUUGAACCAUGUACAUUAUAUGUAAAUGACGUUAAGAAAAUAGUGCAAUCCAGAAUUUUGCAUGUUGGUAUAGAUAUCUUCGAAACUUAUUCUGAGUUAGAUAUACAUGUAUUCAACCCCGGAUUAUUUCACAGCAUAUGGUGUCAUAAAUUUUCAUUAAAACACUUGUAUGCAUACUACAUAUCAAAGCGAUGCAGUAAACAAGCUCAAAGAUUUCCACUUUAUGGUGCAAUUAUCAAUAAUAAAUACCAAUACAAACGGUACAAAUCCUGUUUGAGUACACUUCUUACAAAUGUCUAUCAUGACGCUGUUUCUGGAUGGCUUAUGGUAGCUUCAUUUUUUUACAAAACAAAGCAAUACAGGAAAGCUUUACACAUCAUUAGGUAUUCUAUAUCAAAAUGUUCUUCCGAUAAACUGUUUCUGGGAUUGACUCUGUCACAUAUCCAUUACCAGUCACUUAAACUGCUGUCAUUCUUUAAGACGAGUGUGGCUUGUCUUCGGAAAAUACUGUUCGUAGAUCUGAUACAAUUAACAGAGAAUUCAACGUUAACACCAGAAGAACUUUUAAUAGAGGGAUGCAAUGACAUAUAUUAUAUUCCAUCCACAGCGUAUGCUUAUUUCCUUAGUUUUCUUUGUCAUAAUCACCUCAAUGAUGUUAGACAUUGUCAGGAUUCUAUUCAAGAUUUAAAAAUUGUUAUAGGAGAAAGAUAUUUGAUGGCAGAUUUUAAGAGUACAGCGGAGGCCUACACUUUAUUGGGAAUUGCUUUACAAUUAUUUGGCGACAAGGAAUCUGCACGACAAGCUUUCUUACAGUCUUUGAAAAUCUACCCGGAUGAAUCGGAGAAUUCUGCCGCAAUUAUUGUGAAGAUGAACACGUAA